UACCACAUGAACGACAACGACACUUAAAACAUAUAUAUAUUUAUUUAUGCAACUACAGAGGAGUUAUCCUAGGUAGAACCUUACAUUUUCUUCCAGUGUAUUGGAUUAUUGCUGGAUAGCUACAGAAUUUUUUGUUCUUCAUGUUGGACCGUACAACAGUACCAUUAAGUGCCUCUUCAAGCAUGGCCCACAACAGCCUCAGUGUUCAGUCAUGUUAGCUUUGGGCUGCUGCAACUCUUCAUCCUCGCCGCUCAUCCCUCGUUCCUUAAAUGUCAGCAGAGGGAAAAUGGCAGCCAGGGUGGCUCUUCAGAUGUCGCAGCAGGCAAACCUGACCACCGGCGGCGUUGUGGUGGUGGUGUUGCCCAUGACGCUGGGCAUCGUGUCCAACACCGUGGCCCUGUUUAUCUUGGCGAACGCCUACUCCCUCCAGCGACGGCGCUCCAAAGCCACAUUCCUCCUCUUUGCUACGUCCCUAGUAGUAACAGACUUCAUGGGCCACGUGAUCCCUGGUGCCCUGGUUCUGAGACUCUACCUUUCUGGAGGUGUGCGGCCGGAGGACUCCAGCUCUUCUGAUGGCAUGUGCCAGUUCCUGGGAGGAAGCAUGGUGUUUUUCGGCCUGUGCCCGCUCUUCAUGGGUUGUGCCAUGGCUGCAGAGCGUUGUCUGGGUGUCACCCAGCCACUCCUGCACUCCUCCCUGGUCACAACCACCCGCACUAAAAUGUGCCUGUCUGCGAUUUGGCUGGCUGCUCUCUGUGUGGCCUUGCUGCCGUGCUUGCAGCUGGGCUCAUACACCUAUCAGGACCCAGGCACCUGGUGCUUUAUUCAAGUGCUCGGCGACAUUCAUGAGGCGGACGUGGCAUUUGUGGUGCUUUUCUCUGGGGUAGGCCUGACCUCCCUGGCUGUGGCAGUGGUGUGCAACAGCAUCAGCGGACUGACGCUGGUGCUCGCUAGACUGAGGAGGAAGCCUGGGUCCCAUCAUUCGGCCAAGUCACAUGACAUUGAGAUGGUGGUGCAGCUGGUGGGAAUUACAGUCACCUCGUGCAUAUGCUGGUGUCCUCUGCUGAUCUUUGGCCUGAUGUCCGCGAUGCACUCCUACACAGGAUCUACUGGAGAAGAACUUUCCAACUACAAAAUGCUACUGGUAAUGGGUGUGAGACUGGCCACGUGGAACCAGAUCCUGGACCCCUGGGUCUACAUCCUGCUGCGCCGAACUAUCCUACGGAAAAUCUACCUCAUUGCAAAGUGCCAAGUGGGCCUGGGGGGUAAUUUAUUUGGAUGCUUAGACACUACAUCUCCUCCUCAGUCGGAGAAGAAUGAAAAAUGAGCUCUCUAAAAUUUGGGAAAUGUUUAAAAGACUAUAAGGAAAUACUGACGUAAUCUGUAUCUUUUUAUUGUUACGUACAUUGGUUUCUAACCUUACAAAUGGAAGCUAGCUAACUACUAUGAUUUUGCACAAAACUAUGUGUGUUUGCUUAAUGCUUAUUUCUCAUUGGGACAAAAGAAUGAAAAUGUGCUUGCAAAGCUCUUAGGUUCAUUUUUCACUCGGAUGAAUUAAGUGUUAUUUCCUCUCUCCAUCACAGCAGUAAAAGCCAACACAUUUUACAUUUCUUGUGUGUCCGAAUGUAAAACUAACAUUGAUUAAAGCCUCAGAGAGGACUCUAUAACAAAUUCUAAAGUAUGACAGACCAUUCAUGCCCCGUGACUGUGAGCAUGAUGUGGGGGGAAAUUGGGAUAUUCUUAAAGCUAUCCCUCAAAUG